CUAUUCAGAGUGUGAUGUCCAGCGGUGAUGCCCUGACCCCGGGGAAGACCGGAGGCGUGGGAUCCGCCAUCUUCAACCUCCACGAUAACGGCACGCUGGAUUACCAGGUUCAGGUUGCAGGUCUCAGCAGCGACAUGGUCGGCCUCACUAUCGAGCUGAAGCCGCGGCGUCGCAACAAGCGCUCUGUCAUUUACGACUUGACGACGGAGUACAACAAGGCCUCGGGCCAGGCGGUGGGCAGCUGGAGUCGCCUGGAGGCGCGACACAUCCACAUGCUGCUGCAGAACGAGCUGUUCAUCAACGUGGCCACGGCACACAGCCAGGAGGGGGAGCUGAGGGGGCAGAUAAAGGCUCUGCUCUACAGCGGCCUGGAGGCACCCAGACAUGAGUUGCCCACCCCUCUGGCCGGCCACUUCGUGUCCCCACCAGUGAGAACCGGUGUCUCUGGGCACGCCUGGGUCUCAGUGGACAAACAGUGUCACCUGCAUUACGAGAUCGUGGUCGCGGGCCUCAGCAAGGCCGACGACCUCACCGUGAGCGCCCACCUCCACGGGCUGGCGGAGAUCGGAGAGCUGGACGACAGCAGCACCACGCACAAGAGGCUGCUGACCGGCUUCUAUGGAUCACAGGCUCAGGGAGUGUUAAAGGACAUGAGUGUGGAGUUACUGCAGCACCUGGACCAGGGAACAGCCUUCAUCCAAGUCAGCACCAAGCUCAACCCCCGCGGAGAAAUUCGAGGACAGGUCCAUGUGCCAAACAACUGUGAGUUUGGGACCAGAGGUGAGGUGGAGGAGGCUGAGUUUGACGACCUGUUCGUGAAGGACCCGGAGGAGCUGAAGAAAGACCCGCAUACCUGCUUUUUUGAGAACCAGCACCACGCUCACGGCUCCCGCUGGACACCGAGCUACGACAAGUGUUUCACCUGCAGCUGCCAGAAGCGAACGGUGAUCUGUGAUCCGGUCAUCUGUCCGGUGUUGACCUGCUCCAGAACCAUCCAGCCUGAAGACAAGUGUUGUCCUGUCUGUGACGAGAGGAAGGACCCCAAGGACAUGAAAGCUGUGGAGAGAGUGGAGGAGCAUCCUGAAGGUUGUUACUUUGAAGGAGACCAGAAGAUGCAUGCCCCAGGAACCACAUGGCAUCCCUUUGUUCCUCCCUUUGGCUACAUUAAAUGUGCUGUCUGCACUUGCAAGGGAUCUACAGGGGAGGUGCACUGUGAGAAGGUGACGUGUCCCGUGCUGACCUGCAGUCACCCCGUGAGACGCAACCCGUCUGACUGCUGUAAAGAGUGUCCAGAGGAGGAUAGGACGCCUGCGGGGCUGGAGCACAGCGACAUGAUGCAAGCAGACGGCCCGAGGCACUGCAAAUUUGGCAAGAGCUAUUACCAGAACAGCGACAACUGGCAUCCCUGGGUACCGCUGGUGGGCGAGAUGAAGUGCAUCAACUGCUGGUGUGACCACGGUGUCACCAAGUGUCAGCGGAAGCAGUGUCCAGUGCUGACCUGCUCCAACAUCACCCGCAGGGAGGGCUCAUGCUGUCCUGAAUGUGCUGAUUCCAAAGAGGAGGAAGAUCUGAUGAUGAAAGUUCCAGACAAAAGACGAACCACGAGACACUGAUCCGUGGGGGAGACCAAAGAAAAGAAAACCCUGAAUCUGUAACUUUUACCCGUCGGAGCCCCCUCGUCCCAGAUGGACACACACCCACAGCCAUGCUGGGCCUCCCCCCUCCUCACCUCACACCCACCCAGUUAUCAGCUUCAGGAUUGUAAUGGACAGAAGCAGAGACGGAGGAACGAUCAAAUGAAACAAGGACUCAUUAAUGAAGCUAUGAAGAGGACCAACCAGACUUUAUAAACCUGCUGCUGCCUUCUGCUUCCCGCCUUAACGUUUCCUGCAGGAACUUCUUUUUUUCUCUUCCUCGGUUUUUUUUUCAAAGAAUCUCAACAGGACAAAAUGUGUAGAUGUAGAUGUGUAGCAGAGUUCCAUGGGACUGUUUUACUGUUGACUUUUAAAAUGGGAAAGACUGUGUGACACGUGUUUCAUUGACAGGGCUUCUUUUUGAAGUGCAGAACAGGAUGAAUGUGUGCGAGUGUGUGUGUGUGUGUGUGUGUGUGUGUGUGUGUGUUUACCAGUAUAAGAUAGGACUAAUCAGCGAUAUAGAAACUGUAACAGGAAGAAGGUGGAGUUCAGAAACAAAUGAACUUAUCUCUACGGUCGGUCUACAACUUUCAUUAGUUGUAAAAACAUAUUUUGACUCUUCAUCACUUGUGUCGGCGCCAGGAGGGAAGAGACGGAAACUUUCUCGGCUGCCGUUUUCGGUGCAACACUUUUCAGUCUUCGCCGCCCGUUGAACUCGUCGCUCCUCUGCUUUGAUCGUUCAAAAUAAUUAAUUAGUAUGGAUUUUUUUUAUCAUUGUUGUUUAUGAAUAUGAAGCUGGUUUGUACUUUGUAUUUAUUGAAUGGUGUGGAGACUAAAUAAAAAAAAAAAGUUUGUUGGUCUAA